GUUGAUUUCCAUCUUCUUCUAUUUCACAUUCUCUUCAAGUUUUCGAGCUAUGUGUGUCUAUUAACUUCGAGUGAUUUAGUGAUUACCAGUUGAUUUUCGUGCAAAAUCAAUUGAAGGGUUGUUUUAUCCUGGGGACGACGGGGCAACAAUCUGUUUGCACAAUUCAGAGUAGAGCCGCAAAACGUAUUAAAGAGAGCGUGUUCCGCGACUCAGUCGUAUACUAAUCUUUUUCUAUUUUGCAGCUUUUACUUCCUCAACCAAUUCAUCUUGUUAUUCCUGUUCUGCCUUUGUCGUACCAGUUGCUGAAUCUGAACGUAUUGUAUACCGAAGUGCGACAACAUAAAUAUAGUAGAAUCAGAAACAGGAAGUCGGCAAAUGGAAGCACAGAUGAGUACGACGGUGACACCGUCUCUUGGUGGUGGCAGCAAUCGCAUAGUGGCAGUUAACAUCACAACUCCGACCAACGCCGUUAAUCUACAGAAUCACCAAGAAGAAAAAAACACCACCCAUCAGAAACCUGGAUGGAGAAAGUUUGUAUCACAUGUUGGACCUGGCUUUCUCGUCUCAUUAGCUUACCUUGAUCCUGGCAACCUGGAAACGGACUUGCAGGCGGGAGCUAAUCACGGGUUCGAGCUUCUAUGGGUGGUGCUUAUCGGAUUAAUAUUUGCGCUCAUAAUCCAAUCCCUUGCUGCAAAUCUUGGCGUAAGCACCGGAAAACAUCUAUCGGAAGUGUGCAAAGCCGAAUAUCCAAUAUUUGUGAAGUAUUGUCUUUGGUUGUUAGCUGAAGUUGCUGUAAUAGCAGCCGAUAUUCCAGAAGUGAUAGGAACGGCCUUCGCUCUGAAUAUUCUAUUCCAUAUUCCUGUUUGGGCAGGAGUACUCCUCACUGGUUUAAGUACCCUUUUGCUUCUUGGUCUCCAAAGAUAUGGGGCAAGGAAGCUAGAAUUGUUGAUAGCAAUAUUAGUGUUCGUAAUGGCGGCGUGUUUCUUUGGAGAAAUGAGCUACGUGAAGCCUCCAGCGAGCGGUGUUUUGAAAGGAAUGUUUGUUCCAAAGCUCAAAGGCGAAGGAGCCACCGCCGACGCCAUUGCUCUUCUGGGCGCCCUCGUUAUGCCGCAUAACCUGUUUCUUCAUUCCGCUCUUGUGCUUUCAAGGAAAGUCCCCAAUUCCGUCCGCGGUAUCAACGACGCUUGUAGGUACUUCCUAAUAGAGAGCGGAAUUGCAUUGUUCAUAGCAUUUUUAAUAAACGUCGCCGUUGUUUCUGUUUCCGGCACCGUCUGUACUGUCGGAAAUGUCGCCCAAACUACCGCCGAUCAAUGCUCCGACAUAACUCUCAACUCCGCCUCCUUCCUCCUCCAGAAUGUAUUGGGAAAAUCAAGCUCCACUAUUUACGCCAUAGCGCUAUUUGCAUCGGGACAGAGCUCUAGCAUCACUGGCACUUAUGCCGGUCAGUUCAUUAUGCAGGGAUUUUUGGACUUGAAAAUGAAAACAUGGGCAAGAAAUCUAAUGACAAGGUCCAUUGCAAUAACGCCAAGUCUUAUCGUAUCCAUCAUCGGCGGUCCUCAAGGAGCUGGCCGUCUCAUCAUUAUUGCAUCGAUGAUCCUUUCCUUCGAGCUUCCGUUUGCUCUAAUUCCACUACUCAAAUUCAGUAGUAGCAGCACCAAGAUGGGCCCCCACAAGAACUCCAUAUACAUCAUUGUAAUCUCAUGGAUAUUGGGCCUCGCAAUCAUCGGCAUCAACAUCUAUUAUCUCAGUACGGCCUUCGUGGACUGGCUAAUUCACAAUAAUUUACACAAAGUUGCAAAUGUUUUCAUCGGGAUCGCUGUGUUUCCCUUAAUGGCUGCCUACAUUGGUGCCGUUAUUUACCUAAUGUUUCGAAAAGACAGGGUCGUCACUUACAUUGAACCCGAGAAGGAUGAUGCUAUGGCCCAAGCCCAUUUGGAAACUGGGCUUAAUAAUUCUUUUGGGCCUCGUGACGUCACUCCAGUGCCUUUCAGAGAGGAUUUGGCCCAUAUUCAACUACCAGAGUAGAAGACUUGAUACCCUAAUAUGGGCAUGUAUUCAUCUCUGGGCUGAUGGGCUUUAGUGCCGUCAUGGCCCACUGUUUUUUUAUUUGCUUGUGCGUGCAUCUACUUUCAAAAUCUUUCGAUGAUGUAUCAUUAAAAGUGCCGUCAACAAAUUAUUAAUUUUGUUACUAUUAAAGAUUCA